AUGGCGACCGCUCGAACUUUACACGCGGAAAAGUCUUUAGCCACUUGUGUUUCUCGUUCUGAAGACACAUCAGAUCAAAGUAGUAUUAUAGGUCGACGGUUGAGCACUUCCGUUCGCGGAAUUGAGAAAGCUCCCGCUUCAAGGUUGAGCUCUACCAGAAAAGGUACUGUGGCUCCCAGACAAAGGUUGAACACUUCCAGAAAUGGAAUUGAGAACGCUCCCUCAUACCAGUUGAGCACUUCCCGCAGAGGAAUUGAUAAAGCUCCUGAUGUACUCGACUCCUCAUCGUUUAAACGAGUAGUUACUCGUUGGAUCAAAUAUCUUGAUCUUGAGCUAGCACAAGCUUUUGCGCUUUAUGAGAAAGCAGAGGACGAGAUUUGCUCUCCCAAAAUUUCAGUCAUUAAGAAAAGCUCUUACGUUAUUGAUUUAUCGCAGCAUGCCAAAAAUGCUAAAGUCUACAUUGAGAAGAUUGACAAUUCCAUAAACGAAUGGAAGAAGAAAGUCAAAAGCUCAGUAAACGAAAGUCUCCGACUGAGAGAGUACGGUAAAAUUACCGAAUAUUGUGAAAAGCACAAUUAUCCAAUUUUGUGCCAAGAUUUCUCGAAUAUUGCCAAGAAAGUAAGGCACAUGAAAUCUUACGUCAACGGGCUUGGAAAUUCGCCAAAAAGCCAAUCUUCAAUGUCGUCUCGACAUUAUUCGCGUCAAAAUGUUGACAAAGAUACCGUUGUAUCACAUUCGGCAGAAAGACAAAGUAAUGACUAUAUCCCUUCUUCUGAUACGAUCGAAAAUUCAGAAAAAACGCGGAAAUCUCUGUCAAAAAGCCAUUCGCAAGGCUUCGGUAGCCAAAUCAGUCGUCAUUCUGAAAAAAGUAAGCCUAAAGUGGCUUCAGAUUCUACAUCUCGUCGUUCAGAGAGCAAAAGCGACACGUACAAACAGAAGCCAUCGUCGGCCAUCAGUCAAACUCUUCAGAAGCCUGGUGCUACUGAGUAUAAAGUCUGUAAAUUGCCACCGAUCUCAGACAUUCCAAAAUUCUCGGGUGAACUUCAUGAAUUCCCUUGUUUUUGGGACUAUUUCGAAGUCCACGUGCACAAUACACCAGCUAUUCCAAGUGAGAAAAUUCUCAGAUUGAAGCACGCUCUUACUGGUAGUUCAGUCGAACACCUGGUUCAAAACGUUCGUCUUACGCAGGCUAUGUACGAUACAAUCAUAAAAUCACUUCAUUCAAGGUACAACAAGCCUGAUGACAUCGUGAAUUCAUUUCUUAAUAAAUGGCAAAAUCUUGAACCUCCGAAUUCAAAUUCAAGUCAAGAAAUUUAUACGUUCGCUGAUAAGAUUCAGAGUAUUAAAAAUCAUUUGGCAUAUUAUAAUACUGAAAUUCCAAAAUGUCUUUCACAGCCAGUAUUUCAGUCACUUCCAGUAAACUUACGUGAAAUGGUUACUGUACGAUGUCAUUUUCAAAAGAAAGACAAGUUCAACAUUGACGAUUUUGUAUUGGUUUUGCAUGAAAUUGCUCACGAGCUCAGGACUCUACCGUCAAGUCAAAAUGUCAAGUCAUGUUCUGAGCAAAAGUCUGUUUUAUUUGAUCGUCAUAUCAAUUAUGAAGCUGUAGAUAACCGUAUCGCUUCAUCAGGAUUCAGAAAUCCUAAAAGCCCAAGGACAAAAACGUGUCUUCUGUGUGGCCAACAUCAUCAUUCCUCGGUUUGUAGCAAGUAUUCAGACUUGCAAUCACGAAAAAACCGUCUUUUCGAGCUAA